AUGUUGAAUUCACCACUAAGACAGCAAGCAAUGACAGAAAAUGUGAAACCAACUAAUCAACAUCUUCUGUAUCAAAUCAAACGCAAAAGACAGUACAUUAAACAUUCAUUCUUUAAUUCACAUAGCGACGAAGAAGAUCGAGCCAGUUCGAAUGAUUCUGAGCGUCAUUCUCCCUACCCGUCGCGCCAAAAUAGACCGCCUGUGGUUCCUUAUAAAGAUUUGCCAACAUCUAAACGUCCAACUAUAGCAACAACGGAUGGACAACCACAUGAAAGCUAUCAAACUAGAUCGAAGAGAGUAAAGCAAGAUUCAAGUGAUACAAACUCAAAAAAGCGAUUUGAUAGUACGAAUAGUUUGGAGUAUCAACCUGGUAUUUCUUUUGAUCCAUUUAUCCGAGAUGAUAUUGUGAAAAAAAUGUCCAUCUUUUUAUCCUUUUAUGGCAAUUUUGUCAUCAUUCCGGCGAUACGAGAAACACUGAACAAAAUUAAAACUAUGGAUCCAGAUGCAAAACUCAAUUACUGGCCUGACAUAAUGAAUUUUAUUGAUAGCUAUGAUCUUCCAUAUGCAGAUGAACAGGGAAAGAAGCUGGUUAACGAAUUGGUAGGAAAAAUUACUGACUAUGUCGAACAGGAAGGUAUAUUGGUUCAAGAUUGGCAAAAAAUAUUAUGCACACUACCUGAUGAUGUUACCAGUAAAUUUGAUUAUCGACUAGACCGUGCUACUGUGGACGAGAUCAAAAGAUUAGGGAACGAAGAUCAACUUCCAUUCGAUUUAAGCAAACCUAUCCUUAGUUUACUGAAUGCUGCUGAAAAACACGCUGGAAAAUACAUUCGGGAUAGUACUGGUUAA